AUGUCGGGCAUCUCCAAGAAGAAGGCGGAUGGCAAGUCCAUCGGUCAUGGUUGGUUCAUGCUAGUUGCUCCUCGGGAUGUUCGCAUCGUCGGAGUCUCGUGCGUGAUGAAGCCUGAGAAUAAUGACAUCGCCAGGACAACUCUCAGCAAGGUCCUCCCCAAAUACAAGAAUGUGGACACUUUCAUCUUCGACGGGCAGUGCAGCUUCGCUCCGUCUACGCAGGAUCUCCCAGAGUUCAAGCAGGUGAAGUACUGGUCUGUGGAUAAGAUCCUAGGCACGUUCCACGGGCACGGGCACAAGGAUGCGUGCAAAAACAAUCCCCACACAGUGGUCCGCCUCAAGCGACGCCUCAAGAACGUCAACACGUCCAUUUGCGAGCAGACCUGGUCAUGGUUCAGGAACUACGCCCGCAUCCUGAACUCGGCCUCCCCGCAGCGUCACGUGUUCAAGGUGUUGUACUUCUGCAAGCUGCACAACUUGAAGAUUAAUGGCAAGAACACAGCGCAUCUCAAUCCCUUCGGGCCCUUCAACGCAAAGUUCAACAAGUCCAAGCCCUACGGUUGCCCAAAGAAGUCUGUGCGCAAGACGGUCAUGAAGAAGCCUUCCAGCAAGUGCGGUAACACGGUGAUGAAGAAGCCUUCCAGCAAGUGCGGUAACACGGUGAUGAAGAAGCCGUCCAGCAAGUGUGCCAAGUGA